CCUCGAGGCAAUCCCCGCCUUCCGGAGGGGGAGGUGGAAGAGCGUCAAGCCGCCGGCCGACCGGAAACAAAGCUCUGGAGAAGCAGGGUUUCGACCUCGCUGCCAUACAGUCCAUGUCCAGAGCGGCGGGGACGGGCAAUAGCGGGGUGGGGGGCGCCGCAACUCCCGGACGCAAACGCCUCCUGGGGGGAGUGCGAUUCUGGACCGGGUUGGAGGGGGUGACGAAGACGGCGCUGCUGCUGCUGCUGGGGGCGGGGGUGGGGGGGCUGCUGCUGCCUGAAGCGCGCGCGGCAGUGGCCCAAGCCAAGUUUGAGGCGGAUCACAUGCAGGGGUUCGCGGACUCGAGGUCGAGACUGGAAUUUUUUUUGGCGGGAGACGGCGUUAGUGAAGGCCGCAAAGCCUUGGACGUGGGUUUCGACGCCGGCAGCACCGCCGCCGACGAAUUCGGAGAUGUCGUAGAUGUCAUAGACGCGGACUCCUCCUCCUCCUCCGGCUCCUUCGUGUCGGCGGAGAACACGGAAGACAGUGAGGAGGACGCUAAAGUGGACGAUGUGGCAGAGAGGAGAGGGGACGAGGCCGUGUUGGCGGCGACGAUGGGUGAAGAGGAAGCGGGCGAUGACGGAUUGCUAUCGGAGGCGACCGACUGGUUCUUGAAUUUCGUGGACUUGGUUGUGGGGUGGGCGCACUACCUGUCGGCCGUGAGCAUGCCGUGGAGAGGCGGGGUGGGCGAGAUCUCGUGCGUGUCGGCUAUUCACCUGGCGUUAUUCGUGAGGCUGGUCGUGGCGGUGGCGUUCUCUGGAGUGAGGGUCGUGCUCGGCCUUCCGGCGUUCCCUGCAGCUCAAUCGACAAGCAAGCCCGGAAUGGUGAUGGGCAUGGUCCUGGCCACGGUCCCCACCUUGGGCAAGGUGCUAGCGUGGGGGAACGUAGUCAAGUCCAUCUUCUCCGACACCAAUCUGGUGGUAGCCGGCACCGUGUUGACGCUGGCCCUGAACCUAGCAUUCGAGGAGGGCGCGGGGCCCCGCAGGCUGGCGGGGAGCAUAUCGGGCGCGCUCGGUCUUUUCUCCCCCUCGUUCCAGGGGUCGGAAGAAGGAGACUACUCCACCGGCGGCGGCGGCGGCGGCUUGAAAGAGCUGUGAUACUCUCGUUGCUCGUGCGCUUUGUUGGUCUGAGCUCAGGGACACCUGGCGCAAGUUGUAGUAGUCACAACAUUAUUUUUGGUGGACUUUGUACGUGUUCCCAUCCUGUGUCCGUUGUGACUAUUCUUUUUUCUGUAGGGGUGUCUCCUUGAUUUCGAGAGGGCAAGGGCAAGACGAAGGCGGCAGGUACACCGGUCAUAAGUGGCUAUCAAACAACGGAAGUAAUGUCGUUGACACCGCUUUUUAUGCCUCCAUGAUGCAUCGUUUGUUUUUCUGCGCAAGGGCGCACGACGUUCUGUGAACCGUUUCUCUUGUCUGUUGCAUCUUGUCUGUCAUGUUUUUUGUUUCUUGAGUAUUGUAGCCGCUGAAAGUUGCGCACGGUGAUUGCCGGCUGCGGCGUUCGUUGUUUGCAUGAUGGCGAGAGGAAGAACGGAAAGCUGUAGGCUGUGCAAUGGGGGGCGGCGGCAGCGGCACUCGGCGAUGCCUGAAGAGUGGCGAUAUGUAACGUCAUCCAUCAUCGGAGAGAUCAGUACAUGUUCAGCUUUGAUCAGACAACCGUGUCGGAGUAAUCUCGAUGUAGACGCCAUGCAGACGCCGUUGUUUUUGCGGGUUCUGGUCGGACACAACCUCCGUCGUUUUGGCCACAGGGCACAUCACCAUUGUACUUCGUAAUUUGGAGCACUAAAGUACACUCGUGUGUGGGGAUUGCGCGAACGAAUCUGGUUGUACUGGUGUUUCGUGUUUCUUUCCUGUUGUUUGUUUCAAACAACUCCCUCUGUAUGGACACGACGGUUCGCUUGCUUUUCGCUGGUGUGUUUAAGUCGGGUUGACGGGGCAGAGGUUGGUUUAGGAAAGGGGGGAAUACUUCGCGAUUGCCGCCUAACACAGCAGCAGCAGCAGUGCCGGGUUCGAACCAGCCAGCAACAUAAAAAAGAGUAGAAACGCUCCAUCCAGCGUUUUCAUUUUGUGUCCUUGUCUCAUUUGUCUCCUGCGGUAGUACCGGAGCCGGUGGCGUGUGCGUCAGGUGCUCACCGUCUUAUUUUUGUGGCCGUGGUCGCCUGAAGUUCAUUAUUUUGCUCAGCAGCUCGCUCUCGCCGGCGCCAUUGCGACAAUAGUUGUCUCUAUUCGGGUUCUUUGCUCGCCCCCCUCCCGCUCGUGUUGUGGUGAUGUUGCGGUGGAGCGACGAGGGGGGAGGGUGAAAGGCCUCAGAGCUUCUCCUUUCCAUCCCCGCGUAAAUCCACAAGUUUUAGUCUAACACAUCUUUUGAUCUAUGUUCUUCGCUGUUCGUAUCGGUGCGUUCAUGUAGAAUACUGCUUUUAAGUAAAGACUAUGUUUUUUCGUU